CCAAAGCUAGGAAGACCAGUCCGUGCAGUACAGCGUCACUGGGCAACUUUUAAAUCAGUUUAUUUUCUAAUGCCGCUGCCUAUCUGCCUCACAAUACCGGAACAUCUACCCAAUGGCUAGGUUGCGCGGCCGACGGCGUGUGGGCUUAAACCGUGAUAUUAGACUCGAUUCAAGAUGAAGGUUGAGUUUGUUCCUGGGUACCAGGACGACCGCAGACAGUACCGGGCGUAUAGUGGGUCCUCUGUUGUGUUUCGCAGGUUUAAAUUUCACAACUGACCUGGUUUGGGUUCGAUAAUAUUCAGGCAACUGUGGAUAGUGUAAGGUGCCCACUGCCGGGCCUGAUUCUGGCCGAAAGCUGGAGAUACGGAGGCCAGACUUUAACCCUUCCCCACUGCCCGGAGAGCCGCCGUAUCGCCCCGCUGUCUGCGCCGGUUUGGGCGGAGAGCUGGUGCAUGCUGGACUCUUCACGGAUCUUCGUUAUCUGUGACCGCGACUGAACUGGUCAAAGUGCAGCGGAGACUUCGCGCAGUACCUCCACACAUUUCCGAACGUGGGACGGGGACAUCGUGACACGGGGGGGACUGGUGACUCUUAUUUGUCGGACAGGAGACCCACCCCUGACGGUGACAGGCGUCUGAGAUGGCGCAGGAGACGACGCAGUGGAAGGACUGCGUGGAGAAGCUGAGCGUGCUGCAGUGGGUCCUGACCUUCCUUCUCAUGGGUGUGUGCUGUUCUGUGUUAAUGUUGUACCUGAUGUUCACCUCUCUGUGGCUCUUCCCUGUGCUCUACACCACCUGGAUGCUGAUGGACUGGAACACACCUGAGAGAGGGGGCAGGCGAUCUGAGUGGGUGAGGAGCUGGAAAGUGUGGAAACACUUGAGAAAUUACUUCCCUGUGAAGCUGGUGAAGACGGCCGAGCUCAGCCCCAGUAGGAACUACAUCAUGGGGUCCCACCCCCACGGCAUCAUGUGUGUGGGGGCCUUUUCCUGCUUCUGCACGGAGAGUUCCGGAUUCGCCCAGGCGUUCCCGGGAAUGCGGCCGGCCCUGGCAGUCCUGGCCGGCCUGUUCCGGCUGCCCCUGUACCGGGACUAUGUCAUGAGCGCAGGGAUGUGUCCCGUCAGUAGGCCCAGUCUGCAGUGGCUGUUGUCCAGGAGCGGUGUGGGUAAUGUGGUGGUGAUAGUGAUAGGGGGCGCCACUGAGUCUCUCUCCAGUGCUCCCGGGGUCAACACUGUGGUGAUGAGGCAGAGGAAGGGCUUCGUCCGGCUGGCCCUGGAGUACGGGGCAGACCUGGUGCCGGUGUACAGCUUCGGGGAGAAUGAGGUGUUCCGGCAGGUGCUGUUCUCGGAGGGCAGUGUGAUGCGCGCACUGCAGACCACCUUUAAGAAGGUCAUGGGGUUCGCGCCCUGCCUGUUCAUUGGCCAGAGCUGGGGCGUCUUGCCCUAUAGGGUCCCCAUCACCACUGUCGUGGGCAGCCCCAUCACAGUUCCCCAGGUCUCCUGUCCCACAGAAGAGAUGGUGGAUCAGUACCACCAGCUGUACAUGGAGGCUCUGAGCCAGCUCUUCCACACCCACAAAACCAGCUGCGGCCUGUCACACACACACCAGCUCCAGAUCAUCUAGAGCCCUGUCACACACACACACCAGCUCCAGAUCAUCUAGAGCCCUGUCACACACACACACACCAGCUCCAGAUCAUCUAGAGCCCUGUCACACACACACCAGCUCCAGAUCAUCUAGAGCCCUGUCACACACACACCAGCUCCAGAUCAUCUAGAGCCCUGUCACACACACACACACACACACACACACACACCAGCUCCAGAUCAUCUAGAGCCCUGUCUCACACACACACACACACACACCAGCUCCAGAUCAUCUAGAGCUCUGUCCCACACACACACACACACACACACCAGCUCCAGAUCAUAUAGAGCUCUGUCUCACACACACACACACACACACACACACCAGCUCCAGAUCAUAUAGAGUUCUGUCACACACACACACACACACACACACACACUCACACACACACACACACACACACAUACACACACACACACACACACUCACACACAAAAACACACACACACACUCACACACACGCACACACACACACACACCAGGUCCAAACCCACUCCCCAGAACAUGCCCUCCCCUUCCCCAUCCUGGGACCAGCAUCCGCCACGCCAAAUCUGUGCCUCUGAUCUAAUCUGGGGCGACUCAGCGGUACUUGGGGAGACCCCCAGGCCAGCAUUCUCAGAGCUGAAGAUAACGGUCAGUUAAACCAGUCGUGCGUUGAAGAUGGCGGCCGUUUGAAACGGCGGUGCUAGGCGGAGAGAAAGUGGCCGCAGAUGGAGACGCCGCUGAUGAACAUCGUUAAGAUGCUUUAAUCAAUGAGAUAAAAAAACCCAGGUAAGCAGCUAAACAGCCAGCUAGCGUUGUUCGACGCAAGUCACGGAUGUUUGUAUGAAAAAGGUGUUGGCUGUGAAUGAAGUGGAAUGCUCAUUUAAAAUCUGUUGAACAGUUCGCCAUAAAGACAAUUAAUUUUGAGAUUAUUUCUUGCAAUAUUUAGUCAAUAUUAGUCAGCAGAGAUUUAGGCCGGUGGUAAAGAUCCUUGGUGAAAUGUAUGAUUGACAGCUGGUCAUUCAGACCCAUGUCCUCAGCUUGUUUGAUACAUCUGUACAUUAUGAUUGUGGCCUAUAUGUUGGAUCAUGUAAAUUAUAUUUCUAAAGAAAUGUCAGCCGUUGCCUGUACAUGAGGUAGUAGGCCUACAAUACGACUUAAUAUAUUCAGAAGCUCAUUUGUGAAGGCUUAUCAAGAUUUUGGAUGUAUUAGAAUUGGAAAUGAAUCUACCCCAGGGAUUAUAACUUUGAAUGUUUAAAAAAAGAAAAGAAAAUUCAGGCUGUUUGCAGUCACGAGUGUUUCUGAGAAUAGAAUACCUUUAAUGCUCAAGGUAGGGCUAAAACUACUCUAAACUAAAUCUCUAAAGACAGAAUAAUGCCUUUGUUAAAGUUUUGGUGUCACAAGACAGCAUCGUACUGCCCCCAUCUGUCAGCUGUCAAACAAAGAAGCCUCUUUCAAUCAAAGAGGGCAUGGUCAUCGUUAGUCCGAUGAGUUUCUCUAAACAACGCUGGUUUAGAACACACCCCAGCCUACCUACAAGCAAAACAUGACCAAGCUAUUUAAAAAAAAUAUAUAUAUAUGUUUUCCAACAAACAUUCACAAUAUCAGUAAAUAUAUCUCCUGGACAAAUAAAUACAUUAAAUUAGACCAUCUUGUCCAUUUCUCUGAAAAGAUACUCACAGCUGAAGGAGUUCUCGCAGCUGUGGAGUCUUUAGAACAGGAUCAAGGGCUCCAGCGCAAGGCUCAGCCUGAUUCUGGCUCAAACCUGCGCAACUGUAUAUUCAGAAGCUCAUUUGUGAAAGCGUAUCAAGAUUUUGGAUGUACUUUGAACUUGAAUUGGAAAUGAAUCUACCCCAGGGAUUAUAACUUUGAAUGUUUAAAAAAAAAAAAAAAAAUUAUAUAUAUUUUUUAAUUCAGGCUGUUCGCAGUCACGACUGUUUCUAAGAAUAGAAUACCUUUAAUGCUCAAAGUGGAGCUAAAACUACUUUCAACUAAAUCUCUAAAGACAGAAUAAUGCAUUUAAAUGCCUUUGCUUCGAGUUCUGGGGAAGGGUCACAGGAAGGUCAGUGAUGGAUGCUUUUCUCACUAGAUAUUAGAAUGUCUAUGACUGAUUGUAUCAUGGUGAAAAUCUUGAAAUGUAUUACCUGAAACCCGUAUGAUGGAAUUGUUAAAUGUCAUGUGUAACUCCCAUCCCAGUUAAACACUCAGGCUGUGUUAUGAUUUCUGAGGAAAAGCUUUUCAAAUCCAGCAAUGUUUUGAACUGAAUAAUUUGCCACGUAACACUUCAAUGUGUGGUGGGUUUGUGCCAUGUCUUUAGGGAACCUAAGCCAAAGAUUCUGCUUCCCUUGGCUGGAUACAAUGUCAGCCUUUAUACGUAUAUAUUAAACAUCAGACAAGGGACUUUCUUGUGAAAUACAUAAUUAAUGUUUAUUCUGUGUCAACAAUGCAAAAACAAAAAACAUUGAGAAACGCUUAAUUACCUUAAAAUUCCACAUUACGG